AUGGGAAGAAGGAUUGUCCCCAACAAGGUCCACCGACCGUACUGGCAGCUGUACCAACAACAUGUCGAAGAGACCCGCGCUCGGGUGCUAGGACGACUUCCAGAGCAACCAACAGCAACUGUCGAAGAUAACGAAGAAGAUGACGAUGGUUUACAGCCUUCUUUCAUUCCACCCACGGGUUUCUGGACGGCACAGGAGAAGGACGCAUUUUUUCAAGCCCUGAAUAGGUACUCGCGUCUUCGGCCUGACCUCAUUGCGGCGAGCAUCAAGACGAAGAACGUGGUGGAUGUGUGUGUCUACUUGGAUGCGCUCGAACAGGCUGCUGCUGCGCAACGGAACAAGGAUAGAUUGUGUGAACAGGAGAGGGGGAAGAGCGUAGGAGGCGGUCGAGACUACAAGGUGGGACGACUAUGGAUGGAGGGUGCUAUGGAGAUGUCGAGUGACUGGGUCGAGUUUGAGGAGCUCCAGGCGCGACUCCUGACAUCGAUAGACGAGCAGCAGUCGGAAAACGAGGACGACGAAGAACAAGGCCUAAAGGAACGUUCCGACUACAACGACCGGAACAGCAGCGCUAGCAACGACAGCAACUCGGAUAGCAGCAGCGACGAUGAUUCUGAUGACGAACACGAUCCAUCUCAGCUCCUGACCUCGGACAAAGUCUUCACCUGUAUCGAAUUGGAAGCGAUGGAAACAAUGUUACGCGAAGCAGAGGAUGCUAGCAUGGAGCUCAGCGUCGUUCCUGAUGAGAUAAAGUCCAAGUUUCAGGUGGCAGACGAGCAGGGAGGAAGUGCUCGUUCUACUUCGUUAUCGCCUCCAACAACGCCUUCUCGCCACGCCGCUACUGCCAAAAAUGUUGCUACUAGUUCGACAUCGGCACACUUGGUUGUUGCUGCCCAAGGCGCCACCAUUUCGCCUCCAGUCGUAGAAGCAACUGUAGCUUCGACUUCGGUGUCUAAUCAUGGCCACCCGGGUAUACAACCUCCGCACCCGGUGGCCAUGCAAAUUUGCGAGGAGGGAGAAAAAGGAAAUGUAGGCGAAGAAGAAGGGCGAAGAAGGGGAGAGGGGGAGGAGAAGGACGAUGAAGAUUCGGAGCAAGACGAAGAGGAUGCCAUUCCUGUGGACCUCUCACCCAAGGCUCGCCGCCGGCUACAAAAGAGGCUAUAUAUGAGACGACAGCGUGCGUUGAAGGCGGGUCGAAGUGUUGAUGUGACCUCUGUCAAGCUGCGUCCCGGCCGAAAGAGAAAACCGCGAAGGCCUGCGACGUCGAAAAGAAGGACAGACAAGAGGGAAUACUCGGAACCCCCAUCGACUGUAUCUCGCAAUUCGAGUGUAUCUCCAUCAGAGUCUUCCCCUUCUGAGGACGACGAUGAGGGGAUGGACGAUGCCGAAGCCAAUUCGGUUCCUCAGGAUGGCGAGGAAUAUGCUCAUCGCAACAAAGGUGGAUUAACUGCGAUUUACAAGGCUAAGCAACAGCUCCUCGACAUUGGGAUCGAUGCCCCAACCAUCCACGGGGAAGGGAUCGGUUUCUUCCAUCUCAGUGUACUCUCAAAAUUGAUCAAUAUCUUUACUUCCGGCUACCGCGAGGAGGAGGCAGGAGAGGAUGGAGAGGAGGCAGUAGCAGUCUCGGCAGAUGUGAUACGAUUAUUGACUGGAAUCACUGUUGAGUUCGUCACCGAGGUCAUUCACCGAGCUGUGACUAUCACCGAGCAGCAAAAUGCGUACAAGCGGAAGAGUAAAGUUUGGAGGCCGGCCGACAAGGAAUUUAUUCCCGUCGAAAAUAUCAAGCUCGCGCUCGAGAUAGUGGGUCUUAGGUUACUCGAUCGACAGCGUUACUUUGCGGAACUUUUGGACGAGCCUAUGGAAGACGUCCCUGACGUCGACGAGGAGCCCAAAGAAACCGCUUUCCCAUGCGACUACGCACUGCAUAACGAUCUCAAUCCACCCCAUGUCUACCUUCCACCGGUUUACCGCACGCAUGAUGCAGACGACCUCAUGGUCGAGGAUGAAGAGGGACUUCUGAAGGAGGUCGAAGAGGAAGAUGCUCUAGACAAAAAGGAGUUGGAACGCAACCUCGCACACGAGGAAGAGUUCUGGGCAGAGUAUGCUUCUAUGUCAUAUUAG